UGUGUGUGUGUGUGUGUGUUUUAUUCCUUGGACGAUACAAAGAAGCACAGCUUGCCAGUGAUCUGAACCAUACAGUAGUUGAAUUUAUUCAUCUGCAACCAUCAUAUGGCUGUCUGGAAAGGGACUAGGAGUCAUUAUAGUCGUGGAUGUGCGGGGGAUAAUCUCACCCCAGUCGCGCUCAUGUGUCAACGCUUUAUUGAGUAGCCGACUCCAAGCUCUGACAGCUCUAGCUUGCUGUUAGCUUCCGCCCUGCUGGGAGACACGCCUGGGCUGAUUUCACAACCGGUAUCAGCCCGUAAUGGCCGGAAUGACGGACAAUAUUCCUAUGCAGCCGGUACGGCACAAAAAACGCAACGACAACAAACACAAAAUGGGGUGCUGCCCGUGGUCGCGGUGCUGUGGAGCGGGGGAAUUUCGCCCUCGGACAGUAUGGCUAGGCCACCCUGAGAAGAGGGAACAGCGGUACCCGAAGAACGUCAUCAAUAACCAAAAAUAUAAUUUCUUCACCUUUCUGCCUGGGGUGCUGUUUAACCAGUUCAAGUACUUCUUCAAUCUGUACUUCCUGCUGCUGGCCUGCUCUCAGUUUGUGAAUGAACUCAGACUGGGGGCUCUGUACACGUACUGGGUUCCACUGGGCUUUGUUCUGAUCAUCACCAUCGUGAGAGAAGCAGUCGAAGAAAUUCGAUGUUUUCUGCGGGACAAAGAGGUCAAUUCACAGAUUUAUAGCAAGCUCUGCACAAGAGGAACCAUGAAGGUGAAAAGUAGUGGCAUCCAGGUCGGAGAUCUUAUCAUUGUUGAAAAGAAUCAACGUGUUCCUGCUGACAUGAUCUUCCUACGGACCUCCGAAAGGAACGGCUCAUGCUUCCUGAGGACUGACCAGCUGGAUGGAGAAACAGACUGGAAACUGCGCCUCCCAGUGGCCUGCACUCAAAGACUCCCCACUGCGGCAGACCUUCUACAGAUCAGGUCUUUUGUGUACGCUGAGGAACCCAAUAUUGACAUCCAUAACUUCAUCGGGACCUUUACCAGGGAGGACGGAGACCCUCCUGUCAACGAGAGCCUGAGUAUUGAGAAUACGCUGUGGGCCAGCACUGUUGUUGCCUCAGGUACAGUGAUAGGGGUUGUGAUUUAUACCGGCAAAGAACUUCGCAGUGUUAUGAACACGUCCAAUCCAAGAAAUAAGAUUGGCCUUAUCGACCUGGAAGUAAACUGCUUGACCAAGAUUCUGUUCGCGGCCCUGGUGGUGGUCUCUCUGGUCAUGGUGGCUCUGCAGCACUUUGCCGGACGCUGGUACCUCCAGAUCUUCCGUUUCCUGUUGCUCUUUUCCAAUAUAGUGCCCAUCAGUUUGCGUGUGAACCUGGAUAUGGGCAAGAUGGUGUUCAGCUGGAUGAUCAAGAAAGAUUCAAAGAUCCCUGGAACUGUGGUCCGAGCCAGCACCAUCCCAGAGCAGCUUGGACGGAUCUCGUACCUCCUCACUGACAAGACAGGGACGCUCACACAGAAUGAAAUGGUGUUCCGGCGUCUUCAUCUUGGCACCGUGGCGUAUGGGAUGGAUUCCAUGGAUGAAGUGCAGAGUCAUGUGUUCAGCGCCUACACUCAGCCUCCACAUGACCAGCCGGCCUCCAGAGCACCAGCCACCACUAAGGUGAGGAAGACGAUCAGUAGCCGAGUGCACGAGGCGGUGAAGGCCAUUGCCCUGGUGCACAACGUGACACCCGUGUACGAGGGGAACGGCGUGACCGAGCAGGCCGAGGCCGAGCAGCACUACGAGGACACGUGCAGGGUGUAUCAAGCCUCCAGCCCUGACGAGGUGUCACUGGUACAGUGGACUGAGAGUGUUGGACUGACUCUGGUGGGAAGAGAUCAGUCCUCUAUGCAGCUGAGGACCCCUAGUGGUCAAAUCCUCAAUUUCACCAUCCUGCAGAUUUUCCCUUUCACCUACGAGAGCAAGCGCAUGGGAAUCAUAGUGCGUGAUGAGACUACUGGAGAGAUCACAUUUUAUAUGAAAGGAGCUGAUGUCGUGAUGUCUGGAAUAGUUCAAUACAACGACUGGUUGGAAGAGGAGUGUGGGAACAUGGCCCGUGAGGGGCUGCGAGUCCUCGUGGUGGCUAAGAAAUCUCUGACAGAGGAGCAGUAUCAGGAUUUUGAGGCACGCUACGUCCAGGCCAAGUUGAGCGUCCACGACCGCUCGCUUAAGGUGGCCACGGUCCUCGAGAGUCUGGAGAUGGAGAUGGAGCUGCUGUGUCUGACCGGGGUGGAGGACCAGCUACAGGCUGAUGUGCGGCCGACGCUGGAGAUCCUGCGCAAUGCUGGCAUUAAAGUGUGGAUGCUGACAGGAGACAAACUGGAGACAGCCACUUGCACGGCCAAGAACGCCCACUUGGUGACCCGUAAUCAGGACGUCCACGUCUUUAGGCCUGUGACCACACGCAGCGAGGCCCACCUCGAGCUCAACGCUUUCAGGAGGAAGCACGACUGCGCUCUGGUAAUAUCAGGAGACUCUCUUGAGGUAUGCCUGAAGUAUUACGAGUACGAGUUUAUGGAGCUGGCGUGCCAGUGCCCGGCUGUGGUGUGCUGUCGCUGUGCUCCGACGCAGAAAGCUCAGAUCGUCCGGCUGCUGCAGGAGCGCACAGGCAAGCUCACGUGCGCUGUGGGGGACGGAGGAAAUGAUGUCAGCAUGAUCCAGGAAGCUGACUGUGGCGUGGGAGUGGACGGCAAAGAGGGAAAGCAGGCCUCGCUCGCUGCUGAUUUUUCAGUGACUCAGUUUAAGCAUUUGGGCAGACUGCUCAUGGUGCAUGGCCGAAACAGCUACAAGAGAUCUGCUGCCCUCAGUCAGUUUGUCAUUCACAGGAGCCUCUGUAUCAGUACCAUGCAGGCGGUCUUCUCCUCGGUUUUCUACUUUGCAUCAGUUCCUCUCUACCAAGGCUUUCUCAUCAUCGGCUACUCGACGAUCUACACCAUGUUCCCCGUCUUUUCCCUGGUUUUGGAUAAGGAUGUCAAGUCUGAGGUGGCUAUGCUUUAUCCUGAACUUUACAAAGAUCUACUAAAGGGUCGACCACUUUCCUACAAAACGUUCCUCAUAUGGGUUUUGAUCAGUAUCUACCAAGGCAGCAUCAUCAUGUACGGCGCUCUGCUGCUCUUUGAGUCGGAGUUUGUGCACAUCGUGGCGAUUUCAUUCACCUCGCUGAUCUUAACCGAGCUGCUCAUGGUGGCACUUACUGUGCAGACGUGGCACUGGCUCAUGAUCGUGGCCGAGCUCCUGAGUCUGGCUUGCUACAUCGCUUCACUCGUCUUCUUACACGAAUUCAUUGAUGUGUAUUUCAUCACCACGCUGUCGUUCGUUUGGAAGGUGACCGCCAUCACGCUGGUCAGCUGCUUGCCACUGUACAUCCUGAAAUACCUGCGCAGACGCUUCUCGCCUCCCAGCUACUCCAAGCUGACCUCCUAGAGCUCAUCAGCAAGAAAUACUGUAUGAACAGAAAGACACGUUACUGGGGUGUGUUUUAUUUAUUUGUAUUUUUAUUUUUUAUUUUUGUUGUUGUUGUUGUGUGGGCGACUCGAGCGAUCUGCACAGGCUUUGCUUAGACGCGGCAUUAAAGGCAGCGAGGAUGUCAAGGACCAUUCUCGACGGUUGUGUCUCAAACAUAACGCACGAUUCCGUUACGAAUCUUCUCAUCUGUGCCCUUUGCAGUCACCCCAAAGCUAUGCAGCUGAGCCGAGCUCCUAGAGGGCCAUCAUAGCUGAGUCACUAGUGAGGGCUAAACAUGCAGGUUACUGUAGCUGUGGUGUGCACCAGAGCUUUUGAGAAGCCUGAGAGAAAUGAAUUUCAAGGUCAUUUAUUUUGCGAACAAGAAAGGGAAAAGGGGAAGAAACGCGUGUGAAUGAGGAACGUAACAUGAAGACGCAUUCGUUUUGUUUGAACGGAGAUUUAACGUUUGAAAGGUAUUGCUGUGGAAAGUGUUCUUGAUAUUGAAUAUAAACUUAAAGUGGUUCUAUAUAAGCGUAAGCCGUGAUGAAUGUGUGUGUGUGAUCGUGUAGGUGUGUUGAUGCAGAUCUCGUCAUUCUUUCUCGUCACCGAGCCCGUCUAGUAUUGUCGGGCUGGGUUUUUUCGUUUUUUUUUUUUUAGCAUGUUUCAGACGGUGGUGUUGGUUUGGGCGUAAGGUUACUGAAUACCAGUGUGUUUUGUUUAAAGACCAUGGUGAGCGUAACACCACAAACAAAACGCUAUUUUAGCUUACAGCUCCCCUUUCUGGUCCCUCUAGCCGUGUCCACUCUUGUGGUGACCUCUGGUUCCCCUCUCUCUCAGCGCAUGAAAGAGUAGACUUCAGACAGUAGACACUAACCGCUUUUCCCCCGAUGGACACUUCUACUACUCUCAGUCUACGUCCUUAUAGAAGAUAUCACAGUUACUCUUAGUCGCUUUGCGCGUCUACAUUUCACGUGGCCCCAUGAUAUCCGGUUUGUACGUGAGCUAAACGAUCUAAUGUGUGCACUUAAUAUUGAUUAACUGUAUUUCAGUGUGUGGAUUUGAUUCAAAUAUCAUUCUUUGUAAGAUAACAAUAGCGACCACUUCGACCACGUGCCAUAUCGACCGCUUCUCUUGCAGUCAGGGGUGCCAACAGUUACGCUUUCGACAUGGCAGUUACGGUUUUUGACCCGUUCUCACAGAGACACACGAACGCUACACUUUUCUGCUGUUUUAGCUAACGCAACGAUCCAAACGAGAGUUCAAUUCUCUCCUCGGAAAGACAAGUCACCGAAGGGGAAAGGACGAGGGAUGUACAAGUUGCGCCUUUACUUCUGGUAGCGGCUAGUCCUGUUUCACGCCUUCAUGACUUUAUGCAGCGUUCGACUGAAACGCGUAACUCUGACCUCCGACUAGGAAAAAACAAAGGAAAUGGAAUUCCGACUCGGAUUGGUCUCCUUAACCCUGAGCUGCACGGAGCAUCAACAGAACAAUGAAUACCUAAUUUAAUUUUAAAUGAGUCACACUGUAUAUACUAGUAUUUCCUUUAGAUCAGUCAACACACGAAUAUAUUAGCUUAACUAUACAGUUCACUGUUUUUCAGGACGAAUAUAUUCAGUUAGCUUGCUAGAUUUUUGCUAACAAAGAUUGAAUAUGAAUGUGGCCGUGUGUUUUUUUUGUUUGUUUGUUUGUUUGUUUUUUUUAAACUGUAUAGCUUUAACUCUCAUCGAAAAUCAUUUCAAGUUGCGACUUAACUCAAGAUGAAAAUAGUGUUAUUGUAGGUGAACCUUAACAAGUGUAUUCACAAGCCUCGGUUUUGCGAACCAAUAGAAAACAAGAACUUGAUGCGAUGGUCUCUGAUCUGUAAAAGCGCAGGAUUUUUUUUUAAUGAUAUUUUAUUUUGGCACCUCUGCAUUCAAAACAUUCUCUCUGUCUUAUCAGGACUUCAGUUUGUCCUCCUUGCUGCAAUACAUUUACACUCAAGAAGGGAAUAUCUUAAAAAAUGAAGGGAAAUUUAAAUCACCAUCGUGUUCUCCCACAACUCCUGUGCAAAACAAAUCAUGUGUACUGCAGUAAAUAAUCACCGGAUGAAUAAUAGUUGAAAUAAGCAACGUAUUUUGCUAGGUAUUGAAGCAAGUGUAGAUUGUCACAGAUAUGUUCUCUGCUUUGAUUUUUGGUCACGUUCUUUGAACCGCUGAUGACUUUGCAGCUGGACCUAGACUAGAAUACGAUGCGAUGUAUGUCAUGUGAUUUCCGUUGCUGUUGUUGUUGUUGUUGUUGUUAUUCGUUUUGUAAAUGGCAGGACUACUUUUUAUUAAUCGGUGAAUUGUGAAUUGCGCUAUUGUAAAUAAUAACCAAAAAAACCACGGAUUUUAUUUAUUAACAUUUCUGAUUUGUUUUGGAAUUUGCACAUGAAUAACUGCAGAACAAAAAAAAAAAAGGGGAUAAAAUAACUGAGUGGUGUUGAAAUAAAGAUGGUGUUUUCUUAUCAUGGA